AUGCAUUUCUGGUUUUCCAUGAGCAAGGACGUCACCAUGAUCCUGUGGAUUAUUCGCACUUUUGUCCUUGCUGCUCACUUGCCGAGUCGGGCCUUCGUGUCCCGGAGGGCCUCUGCCCUCCCUGCCUAUAAGAGCCCGACCUCGGCUGGUCCCAGGCCCGGCAUGUUGUGUGGCUCCGUCUCGGAGGAGGGCAACAUGACCCUGCAGUGCACCAAGCCCGCGGGGCACUGGAAGAUUGUGGCCGACGCCAAAACAACGGGCCAGUCCCCCCUGCAGGAUAACCCCGGGUCUGGAACUCUGGGGGAGGGGGCUCUGAGGGGUGAGUACCCCUGCUGGGGCGCCUGGAGUGGCAACACGGCCUACCCCGCCGAGAGGCUCACCUCCUUCAGGCCUGUGGCCUGUGCUAACCACCGGGACUCGAGGCUGACCAUCUUUGAGCAGGAGAACUUCCGGGGCAGAAAAGGAGACCUGAGUGAGGACUGCCCCUCCCUCCAGGCCCUGGGAUGGGGUGGCAAAGAAGUGGGCUCCUUCCGCGUCCAGUCAGGGGCCUGGGUUUGUUCCCAGCUCCCCGGCUCCCGAGGUUUUCAGUGCGUGCCGGAGAGCGACCGCCACUCAGGCGACUACAGGCAUUUCCGAGCGUGGGGCACGCAGGCGCAGACCUUCCAGGUGCAGAGCGUCCACAGGAUCCAGCAGUGA